AUGAAAUUGUGGACAAUUUGGUUAGCCUUGCAAUUGACUGCUGCUCUGUUCUGGUACAGUUGCUAUGCAGAUUUAGCUCGAAAUGUACAGUAUAGUAAAGAUCACCCAAUGAGACUAUGUGGAGGAAACCUAUUGAACGGAAAUCCUCAUGAAUGUGUUGGUGCAUUUGUUAAUAGCUUUAAGGCAAAUGAAGGCUGGUCCAAAGCGAAGGGUUCACGUAUCUGCGAAACCUCAUGCAUAUACAAUCAAAAAGGACGAUUCUUAGGAUGGGAAUGGGUAUGGGAUACGCGUAUUCGAUGUAACUCAAAUGCACCAGGAUAUAUUGGUGAAGCAACAAAGAAAAGUCGAAGUGGAUCGUUGCAUUGGGCUACAAAAGAUCUCUAUACUAAAGCUAAAUCAACGAUUCACUUAACUGCUGAUGAAAGAGAAUGCUGGGAAAAACUAAUAUGA